AUGUGGCUACAUCCUCCUGUCAGGGAGUUGUUGGAAGUGGGUCUUUGUGAUGAACUUGCUCUGGUUGAUGUUGUGGAAGACAGACUAAAAGGAGAAAUGAUGGACCUACAGCAUGGGAGCUUGUUCCUUCACACUCACAAGAUUGUGGCAGACAAAGAUUACAAGGUGACAGCCAACUCCAAGAUCGUGAUCCUGACUGCGGGCGUUCGUCAGCAAGAGGGGGAGAGUCGCCUCAACCUGGUCCAGAGGAAUGUGAACGUCUUCAAAUUCAUCGUUCCUCAGGUUGUGAAGCACAGCCCCAACUGCAUCAUCAUCGUGGUUUCCAAUCCAGUGGAUAUCUUGACCUAUGUCACAUGGAAGCUGAGUGGCCUGCCAAAAAACCGUGUGAUUGGAAGUGGCUGCAACCUCGACACGGCCAGAUUUCGCUAUCUGAUGUCCGAGAGGCUUGGGAUUCAUCCAAGCAGCUGCCAUGGCUGGAUCUUGGGAGAGCACGGUGAUUCCAGUGUGGCUGUUUGGAGCGGAAUUAACGUGGCAGGGGUUUGUCUCCAGCAGCUGAAUCCUGCCAUGGGAACUGACAAAGACCCUGAGAACUGGAAGGAGGUCCACAAGAAAGUGGUUGACAGUGCCUAUGAGGUGAUCAAACUGAAGGGAUACACAAACUGGGCUAUUGGCCUUAGUGUUGCUGACCUCUGUGAGACCAUGCUGAAGAACUUGCACAGGAUUCAUUCCAUCUCAACACUGGUAAAGGGCAUGUAUGGCAUUGAGAAUGACGUCUUCUUGAGCCUGCCUUCUGUCCUAAGUGCCUCUGGAUUGACAAGUGUCAUCAACCAAAAGCUGAAGGACGAUGAGGUGACUCAGCUGAGGAAGAGCGCGGAUACCCUGUGGAACAUCCAGAAGGAUAUCAAAGAUCUGUAACUCAUGAAUGCCAGAUUCCAGCCAUAGAAAACCAGCAUGUUGUGUGCAGAUAUGGGCUCUACUCACUCUCCAUCUCUAAAGUUAACAUUAAAUGCUCUUCCAGACGGUUCAUGGUAGCUAAACUUACGCUUGCUGUAACGCACAAACCUGACGAACAAAUAAAGUAAUUUUCAGGC